AUUCUUUCUCUCUUUUAUGUCACAUCCACUUAACAAUCAGACAAACCAUCUUAAACAAACACAGCCUUGGAAAAAACCUGUUCUUUCACGUAGUGUGACAAGAGACCUUGAUAAGCUCAAAUUGACCAGUAAAGAAAAUGACCCACCCAACAAUGACUAUCCUCAUCUAUCACCUACUGAAUUCCAAGCAAGAAAGAAAAAGUUUGCUACGUUUCGUUUCUUUCUAGAUAUUGCUGAUCCCAACAUGAAGAAAAGAAUUGAACGUAAAAUAAAAUUACUUGGUGCAGCUCAAGAUCCAUUCUUUUCUAAUAAAUGUACACAUUUGAUUACAACAAAACCUAUACCUAUUCAAGACAAUAUGCUACAGCCUUCAUUUAAUGAUACCAGUGCAGCAACAAAAAAACCUUCUAUAGAUAAUGUACCAAGAGAUUCUAUUGUAGAGAAAGCCAUUCAAUGGAACCUUGUUCUCUGGAGUGCUGAAGUCAUGCAAAAGACAGUCGAUUAUUUUGUUGAUACACAACGUGGAAGAAAAGAACCAGCACAAGAAAAAAAGGCCUUGUUAAACGCACUUCAAGAAGAAAAAAUAUUUGGCCCUUCUACAGGUGCCAACAGUGAAGCACAAGCCAAACGUCCUCAAUUUGUACCUUUCACAGGUCAUUUUUUGAUCAUUGAAGAUGCGACACAAGUCCAUCGUCCACCUGUGAUUCGACACUAUACAAAAGAAGUGAUCACCAAAAAGAUGUAUGAUUAUCCAUGGCCUUUUCUUAAACAUACAGCAGGCAUUCGAUCUCCCUUUGGAAAACGAGCACCUCCUGCGUCUUCCAAGAAACCAGAAGAGCCUGCAAUCGUGAUGCAAGAACAAAAGCCUGUCUCCACAACACCUGUGGUGGGUGUGAACUCAACCACACCCAAUCAUACGUCCACACCACCUCCUACCGCUUCUUCUACACCUCAUUCGUCUCAACCUAAACUACAACAUCCUGAUUCUUAUAGUCUACGUGCUUCUGGAUUUCAACCCUGUACAAACACAAACAAUCAUGUCAUGUCAACUACCACACGUCUUCAAGAAAACCGUCGACUUCCACCAGGUGAAAGUGUCAAUCGUCUUGAUAAGCGUAUGGUAGAGAAUGUGGCUCAAAAGGCACUUCAUAAACAAGCCAUCAAGGGUGAACGAGAAGAAAAAGCACGUAAAGAACGAGAACAACAAAAGAAAAAGAAGGAUUCUCGCUACUGUGAAAACUGUAAUAUGCUAUUUGGCAAUCUAGAAGAGCACAUGAAGGAACAAACACAUCAAACUUUCAUUCGAGAUCAAAACAACUUUAAAGAACUAGACGCUGUAUUAGAAAAAACUCACCGAGUAUACAAAGAACCAUUACCUGAUCGCAUGAAGCCUUUGAUUGAUCCAAAUAUUGAUGGUAAAUCAGUCAAGUUUCAAUCUGACUUUAAGCGACCUCAUCCUACAUCACCUUCUAUGGACUCACCUAGCAAAUUGACCACUUCUAUGAUGCAUCAAAAGAACAAUGGUCUCUUGUUGAAUGAGCCAGAAGUGGUAGCAGAUGAUAAACAAGGAUGGGGUCAAUAUCAUAGCGUCUUUCUCUGAGAUUGAAAUAAACCGCGUCUUUUCUUUUUUUUUUU